CCAAAAGCAGCCGUUCAGACGCUCUUCAUCUAUCUGUCAAGUGAAUUGGGUUUGUUUUUUAAAAGCCCGUGUCAACAGUUGCGUGCAAAGCCUAAUUUAAUAUUUCCAGUUUGAAGCUGUAGAGUUUGGUGUUUACUAAUAUUCCCACUCAGCGGACACUAUGGGCGAGGUGGAGCUGUCCUGUCGCGCUUACGUGAAGAUGUACCUGCACGCCUGCCUCUUUCCUCGCUGUAGCAUCAAUGGCCUGCUGUUGUCGUCCAGCCCGACAGGUGGCGCUGUUUGCGUGACUGACUGUGUCCCGUUGCUUCACUCCCACCUGCCCCUGGCUCCUAUCACCCAGCUGGCCCUUACACAGGUGGAUGUUUGGUGUUCACAGACUCAGCAGAGGAUAGUGGGAUAUUACCAAGCCAACGCCUGCGUGUCUGAUAACAGCCCGACACCGUGUGCGCUGAAGAUCGCCGAUAAGAUUGCAGAGCAGUUUGACAAUGCAGUUUUAUUAAUGCUUGAUGGCAGUAAGAUGUCUCCAGACUAUCGGGUUCCUCCCAUCGUGAUGUACGAGCGCAAAGAUUCGAGAUGGAUACUCAAAGACAAACACACGAUAAUGCUGAGACAGUGGGAGGAGACUCGGGCCAUAGCGAGCCAGAUGAUGGAGUCAGGUGAUCACACGCUAUUGGUGGAUUUUGACAGCCACCUGGACGACAUCACAAAAGACUGGACCAAUCAGAAACUUAACACCAAGAUAGAGGAGCUCGCCUCGCCGGCCAACGGAAACAUCUAGACUGAAGAGUAACAUCACUUUUUCUGCACAAAUGUGAUUUUUACAGAACAACGCACACUCGACACCGAGUUUAAGGACACGUUUAUUUUUUCCGAGUGAACAAGGACAUAUAUGCAUAAAUAACAAUAUUUACAUCUCACUAGUUUCCCGCCCAACCCCAGAGUGUGCCUUGUGGUCCAUCCCAAUACCCUGCUCAUUUAAAGGACACUUCCACCUUAAAGUCCUCCUCUAACACUACUACAACACAUAGAUAUGUUCCCCCUCUUUCCCUUAGUUUAUGCAUUAGUAUGAUUCCAGCAAACAAUACAUGAAACAGGAUGGACAAAAGGACAAAAAUGCCUUACAAUACUAAAAUCCUGCAGUAAAUAUCAAGCUAGAUGAAGCUCAAAAUAUUUGUUUUUCAUUAGGUUUGAUUUAAAAGGAACUCUCAAGUUUGUGUUUUUGACUUUGGGAAGACUUAAAGUAAUAUAUUAAAAAUAAAAUGGGGGGGGGGGAUACAUCCACCCUUUAUUUAACACUGUGCAGAUGUGUUUGUUAAGACUUUAAUGCCUCGUGCGGGCACUUAUACUGUAAAGAACUGGUUAAAUAGAGUUGUGAACUUGAAUGAAAUUACAAAUAUAACAGUUGACCAUUCAAAUAAACUCCCUGUCAAAGUUUAUACUGUUUAGUGUCUUUAUUCUGUGUUGUUACCUUAAAUCCUCAAUUAAAGCGUGUUUUUGCAGCUGUUCUUGUUAUUUGCUGUUCAGCAAAUACCUGCCAAACUUCUGCAGCAGGCGCUACAAAAAUAACAUAUGUGUCUAGAGGAAAUUUCUUCUAAAUCAUAUUAACUUCAGGAAAGAGGAACAAUGUGUUGCAAGUUUGGGAAACCUGCCUUACAACGUGUCAAACUGAGGCUGCCUUACACUCUCAAUAAGCCAAAUAUUCAGAGCUUCUCCUCCCUGUGUUCACUGCAGAACUUUUGUAUUGAAAUGUGUGUUUUGUGUGUUUUGUUCGUCCUUCACAAACCCCCAAAGAAAAGCUGCAAUAGAGUCUGAAAGUUUAACUGUUAACAGGCAUUCAAAAUGAUUAAAACGGUGCAGCUGUCUAACAGCACACUCAUGUAAAUCGGGCAAGUUUCUCACAGUAAAUGGUUAAAAAAUAAAUGCGCUGAAUGUGAUAUUCCUGACUGACCUGCUCCAGGGUGACACGCUCCUUUCUCAUCUCCAGUUUCAGUUUUUGUCUAUUAAAAGACGACCAUUUAAGACACAUUUGUAAAAAAAAAAAAAAAAAAGAGUA